GGGGCGGAGUCAAAAGGCUGCUGUGCGGUCAAAGUGACGGGUAGGAAAUGUUUUUCUUUUGCGGUUUUCAUUGCAGGAAAGUAGGCGACAGGCUCGCUUUCUUCUCUCAGCCAACGAUAUGGACCCUCAUAUAGUUGGACAGCUACAGUAAGCCAACCUGCCGGCACGGAAAGAAAACAGCUCUUUUAACAGAGUUUGCUGCUGACUGAGCUUCAGCCAUGGUGCAGGAGUACCAGUCCCCUGUUCGGGUCUACAAGCACCCGUUUGAGUUGAUAAUGGCGGCCUACGUGAGACGGUUCCCAAAGUGUCCAUUGAUUCCAAUGUUUGUGGACAGCGAGAUCAUAAGUGAGAGCCAAAGUGAUGAUGGAUGCGUGCUGGUGACUGAGAGGCGCUGUACGAUCGACAUCGAAGCCCCACGACUUCUCAAACGGAUCGCCGGUGUGGAUUAUCUGUACUUCAUCCAAAAAAACUCUCUGAACCGCAGAGACAGGACCCUCCAUAUUGAGGUUCACAAUGAGACUUUUUCUAACAGAGUCAUUGUCCGUGAGAGGUGCAGCUACACGGUUCAUCCAGAGAAUGAGAGCUGGACUUGCUUCGAACAGUCGGCUAGUCUGGAUAUUAAGUCCUUUUUUGGUUUUGAAAGCAGCGCAGAGAAGAUAGCAAUGAAGCAGUAUGCUAGUAGCAUUAAAAAGGGUAAAGAAAUUAUUGAGUACUACCUCAGAGAGCUGGAGAAAGCAGGAGUCACUUAUAUACCUCGUUGGACCUCCACUGUUGACUCUGGCACAGUCACUUGGAGGCACCAGCUGCCGCCCCCCUCUGCUGCCAGAGCCAUCCCAGUGAACAGUGCCAAGGACGGGCUGCACUGUAAAGACUCGUCAUGUUCUGCAGAGCUAGUGGCGGGUUCGCCUGACGACAAGUUGGAUGCUGACUACAUCAGACGUUACCUAGGUGAUUUAACGCCUCUGCAGGAGAGCUGUCUUAUUCGGCUGCGUCAGUGGCUGCAGGAAACCCACAAGGGCAAGAUUCCAAAGGAUCAGCAUGUGCUACGCUUCCUCAGGGCCAGAGAUUUCAACCUCGAUAAGGCCAGGGAGUUCCUCUGCCAGUCACUGACCUGGAGGAGACAGCAUCAGGUGGAUUUCCUGUUAGACACAUGGAAGCGCCCACAACUGCUCCAGGAUUAUUACUCUGGAGGCUGGCACCACCACGACAAAGAUGGCCGUCCUCUGUACAUUUUGCGUCUGGGUCAAAUGGACACUAAGGGUUUAGUACGAGCCUUGGGUGAGGAGGCGCUGCUGAGACAGGUGCUUUCCAUUAAUGAGGAGGGACUGAGGCGCUGUGAGGAAAACACCAGAGUCUUCGGACGACCUAUUAGUUCUUGGACUUGCCUGGUGGAUCUGGACGGUCUAAACAUGCGUCAUCUGUGGCGACCCGGCAUUAAGGCGCUGUUGAGAAUCAUCGAAAUUGUUGAGGCCAAUUACCCUGAAACUUUGGGUCGCCUGCUCAUACUGCGGGCACCGCGAGUUUUCCCUGUGCUGUGGACCCUGGUCAGCCCCCUUAUUGAUGAAAACACUCGUAAGAAGUUCCUUGUUUAUGCUGGAAACGACUACCAGGGUCCAGGAGGUUUGGUAGACUACAUCGACAGAGAAAUCAUCCCCGACUUCCUGCAAGGAGACUGCAUGUGUGACAUCCCAGAAGGAGGAAUGGUUCCCAAAUUUCUGUACAGAACAGCAGAAGAAUUAGAGAGUGAAGAAAACCGCCUGUUGACUGAUUCCAUCUAUAAAAGUGCCAGUAUCUACAAGGGGGCUCCAUACGAGCUCCUGAUAGAGAUCACAGAGGCCUCCUCUGUCAUCACAUGGGACUUUGAUGUGUCUAAAGGAGAUGUGGUCUUUAACAUCUACCACUCCAGGAGAGCCCCUCAGCCUCCCAGAAAGGAAACUCAUGGUAUCGCUUCGCUAGGGGCUGUUAAUCCACAGCUUAUAGACAAGAGCUGGGUACUAGGCCAGGACUACAGCAUGGUGGAGAAAGCCCUCAUGUGUAGGGAGGGAGAGAGUGUGCAGGGCUCCCACAUAACACGCUGGCCCGGCUUCUACAUCCUCCAGUGGCGUUUCCUAAGCUCCGCAGCCUGCGCAGCCUCCAGCAUGCCUCGAGUGGAUGAUGUGCUGGCCUCUCUGCAGGUUUCCUCCCACAAGUGUAAAAUCAUGUACUACACCGAGGUCCUUGCCUCCUGUGACUUCAGGGGUUCCAUGACCAGUCUGGAGUCUUGUCACAGUGGCUUCUCACAGCUCAGUGGCACCACAACAUCCUCUACUAUUUCAAGGUAGCGUCUGUUAAGCAGACGUCCAGAUGCAGCGAUGACCAAAGCUCACUUGCAUCCACCAGCUCUCCUUGCCCCUGGUACCUUCAAAGAGAAUAUUUUUUUUCAAAUAUGAGCUGUGUCACUGAAGACUGAUUUUUGUUUCUACCAGAGUACAUUUAUAAUGCAAAUACCUGAUGAAAAUGCACUUUCAUCUUAUGUCCUUGCAAUACGACAAUGCAUAAAAUGAAAAAAGGAGAUGGCUCACGCACAGUAGCGUUUAUAUAUUCUUAGAUUAAAAUUUAAAAAAGCACACAUCAGCUUCUGUCCUUGCUUCUGUUGUCCACAAGGUGUCAGUGCAGUCUGCUGGAGCUGCUCUCAAAUCUGCAGCGGCCUUUCCGCUUGGAGUUUAACUCACAGUCAUUUGGUUGUCUAUGAAAUUGAAGGGAGAAUUGUUCCGAAUUGUAAAACAAUAAUAAUCGAUGUCUCUGGAGUGUCUUGCACCAAGCGUUUCGAACAGCACCUGCGCUGGCAAAGCUGUGCUGAAGCAAUAUCUUUGAUUUAUCAUCGAGAUUAUUGUUGCUCUUAGAGCAAACGGUGAGGUUUUAGGAAUGAGAAGCAGGUAUGAAAUCUCUUUUUUUUAAAUCUGCAGCACACUCCCUAGAUUUCAUGUAAUGUUUUUUUGGCUUGUUAGGCAGAGCUGCUUAGUUUUCUCAGGCAGCUAAUUUAAAUGCAAUAAAGUGCAGCCUCUUGUGAUCUGGCACUGGGCCAGGCAGACUACUGAUUUACAUAAAACUUUAAUUUCCAUAAACUUAUCAGAUGCUUCCAGCUAAAGCUUAAUUGAAUUUUCCUGCGUUAUUAUUAUUAUUUCUUUUUUUUGUCUUCUUUAUUUGCAAACUUGUGUCAUGUUGCUGUUUAUCCCACCACAGUCAGGUACGUGGAGUUUUUUCUUUUGGUGAGGCUGAUUUACCAGCAUCCUGACUUCCUGCUGCCAUGCUGCUGCGGUUAGACAGAGAAAGUUCACCGACUUAGCCUGAAGCUUGUUUAGUGAAUUAUUCAGCCUGCUCUAAUGACCUCCCAAAACCCACAUUUUCCACACACAGAAUAACACUUCGGUAUCUUGAUGUGCCUAAUUUUCUUGUAAAAAAUGUUUUUGUUAAUAUAACUGUUAUAUAUUUUAAGGCCAAAAUAUUUUACUGGCUCACAUUGGCUUGAAAAUGUCUACAUAUGUAAAAUUUCAUAAGCAAAUGAAAUAUUGGAUAAUGCAUAACAUCGUAAUGUGGCCACCUGUUUGGUUGACCUGACGCAACCUUCUGAGGGAGUCCUGGCUGACCUUAAGCCACAAAUCACUCGGCUGAUUAAUCAUUACACUCAUAUGCUGAUGUUUACUAGGUACAGUGUAAUGUUAAAAGUGGGCAGGGGGAGGAGGAUGGGAACAUUUCUUCUGCAGAUUUUUGUUGUAAACUGAAUGAAUUUCGACUUGAUGACAUCUGGUGAAAUGAAAAAAGAUGUCCUGAAUAUAUAUCCUAGGUUGUAACUGUAAGAAACCUGAAAUAUUUUGAAAGAUUUCAAGCUACACACAAAAAAUGUAAAUCUCUUUCUGAGCUAGAAGAGAGGUCUCAGGAUCAAAUGUAUUGUCCAAUAUAGCUUUAUCACUCUUCCUCACCAGUUAUGACGAAAAAACUGAUAAAUGGCUUUUAAGAAAACCUCUGUGACGAGGCUCUACAGGCAGCAAUACUUGAUAUUUUCCUGAGGGACAUGUUGUAAGACGAAAUAUUCAUUGCAUUUCAUGGGUGUGCAAUAAUUAGAGUGUAUGUUUCUCAUUUCUGUGACAAAUACAUACGCUGUGGAGACAUUAGG